AUGAUGCUGCCACUACAUUACGAGGCCAGUCAGAAAUGGCCUAUUCGCAUCUCCUCACGCGCCCUUCGACGACACAGUAUUGUGUACGGUACUCUAACAAUCUCGGUCACUACCAUGAUAUGUACAGCACUGUUCAUCGGCAUAAGGUCUGGUAUCGAGUCAUCGGCGUCCCUAUCAAAACGUGGACUGGCCGAUAGGGAAAUACUCUUUCGUCAGGUACAGCCUGACCUCAAUCCGGGUCCUCCUCAGCAAGAUAUUGAAGAUCAGCCAGCAAUGGCAACGACUACAGCAAGCGUUGGCACCCUCGAAUCUCCGAUCGACUUGCUCGGUGGCCUUACUGGAGUGAUGCCACAUUUCUACGUCGAUCGGACGGAGAGCGCAGCCACCCCGACAACGACUGUGCCCGCUGUUGAUCCAUUAACGGCACUGUCUGACGCUAUUCGAGAGGCCAUAGCCAGCGGUGAUUCAUCACACAAAGAAGCCGAUGUUCACGAGACGGAUUUAGAAGCACGCAACAAUCAAGAUAUUCAAAACUCUAUCGUGUGGAUGGGACAGCCGUCCCUAUUCAGUAUACUUUCUGACAUUGUUGUCCAAGUUUGUGCCGUCGACUCUGGUGCUGGCGCAAGACUAAUCGACGCAAUCCUCAGCGUAUUUCCUGUCGACAGUAUGGAUAUAACGUCCGUUAUUCCUACGGUCGCAGAACACUCAUCCGUUACUGCGGAGGAUAUCUUGCCGCUAAUCUUGCCAGCAAUUGCGGCCGCUGUUGGUAAACAAGUUCAACCGUCUCACAUUGCCAACAUUCAGAACAUUGACGGCAUCAUGGCGAACAUAAUCCUACGUGGCGGGCUAUUUGUGGGUGAAAUCAUCAACUCAGUAGUAUUUUUGGCCAGAACCGAGCUUUACGAAGUUCUGAAUCAAGUGGCCGGAUUGAUGUGCACUGCCGCAGAUCAUCUCACCCUGCCAAUAUGUACACUCUCGAAACAAACCUCGGGCACAACGUACCAAAUCGUCAUACCCUGUGACUGUACCGGCUCUCCAUCCCCGUCACAACCGCCGCAAGGUUACAUUACCAAGGAGACGACCAGUGCGGCGAACUGGAGUGUGCUGACCAUAUUCCCCACGGCUGGGUACACCUUUUCGUCGCUUUUACCUACCAACUUGCCUCCAAGAUACGGAGAGAAUAUGCCUGAGCCUACAAAAGAAAUGACCGCGGGGAAUCUGCCGGCGCAAUCAAAUCUCCCCUACGGCCAGCCCCAGACAAGCUGUACAUCCACUCUGCCUCCUGCUUAUUCAAGUGCACUCGGGCCAACCUCUGCAUCUAUGUACACAGAUCCAGAUGCGGCUUCUCAAACUGCAGCGUGUCCGAUUUGCUCGUGUCCCUGCGAUGCGGCCCCAGCGUACUCUUCUGGUCCAGCAGGGAAUUGCCCUAUAGCAACACCGGAGGCGAUACUAUCCAAAUAUGAUGAUGAAGGAACAGUAUCUUUUGAGACCUCCUUACCGAAAAUAGACUGUUCCACGGGCCAGUCGAAAGAGCCUACGACAACCGUCGACCCCAUGCCGAGUUACUCCAAGCAAGAUGAGCAAUCCAGCCAGGGCCCCAGUUCUUACAAUAAGGAGAACAGCAUACCAGAAUCAGAAUCAUAUUCUUGGGAUCCACGAGGAUGGAAAUACCUCGGCUGCUUCAGUGAUAGCGCAGAGCGAGUGAUCAGAGGAGGACCAAGGGUAUUCUCCGGCGAAGACAUGUCCAACGAGAAAUGUAUGACCUACUGCAGAUUGAACGGAUUUCCUACUGCAGGUACCGAAGACGGAAGAGAGUGUUGGUGUGGAAACUCAAUUGUAGAAAAUCUCCAGCUUCUACCGGCGACGGCUUGCUCGACAGCAUGCCAAGGAGACACCUCAGCUCAUUGUGGUGGUACUUGGGCGAUCUCAAUUUAUAUCAGCGAGGGCCAUGAAUGGUUCAAGCCAAAACACACUGUAGCCGACUUACUGGCCAAGAAAUAA